AAGCCAGGAGGGGCUGGUUGGGUUCCUCCCGCAGGCCUCUGCCCAGCAUCUUCUGUUUUCGGUCCCCUGCAGGUUGCUGAGGAGGAGCCUCGAGAACCCCGGAACAGCUGCCGAGAUGCAGAGCAUCAAGUGUGUGGUGGUGGGAGACGGUGCGGUGGGCAAGACUUGCCUCCUGAUCUGCUACACAACCAACGCCUUUCCCAACGAGUACAUCCCCACCGUCUUUGACAACUACAGCGCACAGAACACCGUUGAUGGCAGGACAAUAAACCUCAAUUUGUGGGACACAGCUGGCCAAGAAGAGUAUGACCGCCUCCGGACGCUUUCCUACCCGCAGACCAACGUCUUCAUCAUCUGCUUCUCCAUCGCCAGCCCGCCCUCCUACGAGAAUGUGAAGCACAAGUGGUACCCAGAGGUGUGCCAUCACUGCCCUGACGUGCCCAUCCUCUUGGUGGGCACCAAGAAAGACCUCCGGACCAACCCCGAGGCCUUGAAGAAGCUGAAGGAGCAAAACCAGUUGCCCAUCACCACCCAGCAAGGCAUUGCCCUCUCCAAGCAGAUCCAUGCCAUCAAGUACCUGGAGUGCUCUGCCCUCAACCAGGAGGGAAUCAAGGAGGUCUUCACAGAAGCUGUGAGAGCGGUCCUCAAUCCGGCCCCACCCAAGCCCAAAAAACCGUGCGUGCUGCUUUGAAGGAGGCCUUGUCCCCAGCCAGCCCUCAGAGGCUCGGGAGAGAGGAGGCGGCCCCAACAGCUUUGACAGUUCAGCAGCCUUGCUCUCUGCUUAUGCCCA